UUUUUCUUUUCGUCUUGUUACUUUUUUUUUUUCCUGAGAAGGUGUUACCUGAACAAGAUAGGCGGCUUUGGCACUAAGAUGUCGAACCGAGUGGUGUGCAGAGAAGCAAGUCACGCCGGCAGCUGGUACACCGCUUCAGCGUCCCAACUGAAUGCGCAACUAGAGGGCUGGCUGUCUCAGGUGCAGUCCACCAUAACACCCGCCAGGGCCAUCAUCGCACCGCAUGCUGGAUAUACGUACUGUGGAUCAUGUGCAGCAUUCGCCUACAAACAAGUGGACCCCACUGUCACUCGAAGAGUGUUCAUCCUGGGCCCCUCCCACCACGUGCCCCUGUCCCGCUGCGCCCUCUCCCCCGCCGAAAUCUACAGAACGCCGCUGUACGACCUCAAGAUCGACCAGAAGGUUUACGCUGACCUCUGGAAAACCGGGAUGUUCGAGCGCAUGAGCCUGCAGACGGACGAGGACGAACACAGCAUCGAGAUGCACCUCCCCUACACCGCCAAAGCCAUGGAGAGUCAUAAAGACGAGUUUGCCAUCGUGCCGGUGCUGGUGGGCGCGCUCAGUGAGGCGAAGGAGCAGGAGUACGGGAAGCUGCUGAGUAAAUACCUGGCCGACCCCUCCAACCUCUUCGUCGUCUCGUCCGACUUCUGCCACUGGGGGCAGCGGUUCCGCUACACCUACUACGAUGACUCUCAGGGCGAGAUCUACAGAUCCAUCGAGCACCUCGACAAAAUGGGAAUGGGCAUCAUUGAGCAGUUGGACCCCAUAUCCUUUAGCAACUACUUGAAGAAGUACCACAACACCAUCUGUGGACGUCACCCCAUCGGAGUACUGUUAAACGCUGUGACGGAGCUGAGGAAGGCGGGGGCGGACAUGAACUUCUCCUUCCUGAACUACGCACAGUCGAGCCAGUGCAGGACCUGGCAGGACAGCUCGGUCAGCUACGCGGCGGGGGCACUGGUGGUCCACUGAGGGGGUCUUCACCCUCCCCUCCAGAGGGCCCCCCCCCCCUCCUCAAUCCCCCCCCCCCCCCCCCCCAUCCCUCAGACAG